AUGGAUUUGAAUGAAUUUAUUAUUUCAGCUAAGAAAUUCUUUGAGGAGAGUAUUCAAGUUGAGGUUCAUGUCGACACUGAAGAACAUGAUGAUACCGAAUUGACUCUCCAAACUCGUGAAAAUCAAUCAAUGCCUUCGUUGUGGUCAUCGGGAUUGAAAUAUUUAGAGCAAGACGAUGAGCUGAGAUUGAUCCCAUUGAGGCAAAUGGAGAUGGAACAAGUUGAGGAGAUGGCAAUUAAGAGGCUCAAAAUGGGCCAUUCAGCAGAUACCACGUUCAACGAGUCAAAUGCAGAACAGAGGCUCACUGCAGAACUCAAAUUAUUUUCUGCCUCUCCGAAGCAACAAAUGCCACUCAGUGAUAUUCACGAUCGCCUCUAUGUAAGCUUGAUGGAGAAUACACCAAAUACAAAACCAAUUGGAGUGGUGAAGGCUAUCAAGUUCUUGGAGAGAAUUCUCUCAGUGGUAGCAACCAGUUUGGAUUGUAUUUCUCUUUCUAUGGUAAACCAUAAUUUAAAUGUGGUUAUUCGACAUAUGACAGAAAGAGAUCGAUCACAAAUUGAACUAUUUGAUAGAGGGGUUGAAAUAAUUUCAUUAGUGCUGGAGAAGUAUGGCAAAGACUUGCCUCUAAAUUGUCAUCAAUUUUGGACUGAUUUAUUGACAAGGUAUCUUUCAUUCUUUGUGACUGACCGACCCGAAGAUAGUACUGAGUUCCAAUGGGAAAUGAGCUCGAUCAUGUUCGAACGCUUGAACAAACUGAUAUCAGCUUUACGAGAACAAACUCUUUUCAUGAAAUGUAUGAUUGAGGUGCUGUUUUCAAUUUUACUGAACGAACGCAGUUGCUCGCACAAGAAUCCUCUCAAUGGAAAACCUUUCUAUCUGUUGAAGCUUUUUGAAAUGUUGGGGUCACUUGUCUUUGAGCAUUAUGAUCCGGAAGUAACUUCCCUUUUUACUAAUCAAACGGACAAGAUCAUUUCAGCUCUCGAAAAAGGUGACCACCACAACACGAAGGACGACAUGGAAUACUUGUACAUGACAAGAAUUAUUGGAAAUAUUGCACGACUGAAAACUCUAAAAGAAUUAAAAAUUAUUUGA